AUGGCGAACCUCAGGUGUGCUGUGCCCCCAAACUAUUUGCGGUUUGGGGUAGUCGCCCUGGUUCUCGUCCUUCUCGGUCUCUGGAGCCAGGCCUCCUUUCCCGGCGUCCCCGACAGUACAGUCUCUCGAAUUAAGAGUUCGUGGCAGUCGGUAAAAGGCGACCCCUUGCGCCCGCUCGUCGUCUACGUCUACGCCGAGAACGACACCGCACGUCCCAACCUGGAGUUCUUCGUCAAGCAGGGCCUGCACGCUAAUGCAGACUUCCUCUUCGUUUUCAACGGCGAGACCAACAUGACCCAAGUCAUACCCGAUCACCCGAACGUGCGGAUCAAGCAGCGCGACAACACCUGCUACGACCUCGGCACCCUGGGCGAGGUGCUCCAGGAGGAUGACCUGUGGAAAAAGUACAAGCGCUUCAUCACCAUGAACGCCAGCGUUCGGGGGCCUUUUCUACCCGUCUGGAGUCAGGCAUGCUGGACAGACCUCUUCCUCGGGAGGAUCACAGACAAGGUCAAGCUCGUCGGUACGACAGUGAACUGCGCUCCCAAGAACCACGUCCAGUCCAUGGUCUGGGCGACUGACGACGUGGGCAUGGGCAUCCUCCUCGACCCCAAACUCGCCUACACCUCCACCGACGACGAGUGGGGGACCAAGGACGACCCCGUCGGGCUGAGCGGCUGCUACAACGAGUUCAAGAAGGCGGUACACUCCGAGGUCGGCAGCACAGGUCUCAUCCUGUCGCAGGGAUACGAGGUGGAUGUCAUGAUGACUUCGUUCUCGACGGAGAAGGGCAUCAGGGAGUACUGCCGGUCGAUCGAGGGCGUCUACGACGUCCAGUACGACAAGCACUACUUUGGCAUCAACCUCCACCCCUACGAGACGGUCUUUUACAAGACCAACCGCGGCAUCGACCCCACCGUCGUCGACAGGUUCACCGAGUGGCAGACGAAGCGCGGGUUCAGCAGUUGGGAGCUUUGCAAGCGGUGA